CCUCCUCCUCCCUGUCCCACAUAACGCCGUGCUUCUCCCACGCAGUCCACAACGCCGCAGAAAAAACCCGCCACAAGCACGAUGGGGAAGACCCACUUGGCGUGGGCCCUCGUCCUCCUCCUGGGAGGCUUCCGGGCGACGACCAGUCAGACGACCACCGCCGGCCCUUCGCUCCGACCCACGCGGAGCUGGACUACGCCGUGGUCCGAGGGAGGUCAGGAGCCGACCACACCUCCAGACGGGGUCAAGCAGCAGGUCGUCACGCCGCGCGGCCGGGACGCGGACAAAGAUGACGCCGCGGGGGAGGCCAACGCCGUAGAAGGCUGUCCCCCCUUGGGCCUGGAGUCCCUGAGGGUAGAUGACACCCAAAUUCAAGCGUCGUCCUUCCAGAGGUUCGGUCUGGGUCCUCACAGAGGCAGACUCAAUAUCCAGUCCGGCAUCGAGGACGGGGAUCUGUAUGACGGCGCCUGGUGUGCCGACUACAAAGACCAGAACCAGUGGCUGGAGGUGGACGCCCUGCACCUGACCCGCUUCACCGGUGUCAUCCUGCAGGGCCGCAGCACCAUCUGGAGGCAGGACUGGGUGGAGACCUACAAAGUCCAGCUGAGCAACGACUCCAUAAGCUGGAAAAGCAGCAUGAACGGGACCCAAGAAGCGAUAUUUGAGGGCAACAACGACGCAGAGACUCCGGUCCUGGGGGUCCUUCCCGUCCCGGUGGUGGCUCGCUACGUCCGCAUCAACCCCCAGACCUGGUUGGCCGAAGGCGACAUCUGCCUCCGCGCCGAGAUCCUCGGGUGCCGGGUCCACGAACCGCGUGCGGAGAGCGACGCCGCGCCCAAAGACGCCCUGGAUUUCCGCCACCACGACUACAAGGAGAUGAGAAAGUUGAUGAAGGCUGUGUCGGAGGAGUGUCCCGACAUCACCCGAGUCUACACCAUCGGCAAAAGCUACAUGGGCCUCAAACUCUACGUCAUGGAGAUGUCCGACCAGCCCGGCAAGCACGAGCUCGGUGAGCCGGAGUUCCGCUACGUGGCGGGGAUGCACGGCAACGAGGUCCUGGGCCGCGAGCUGGUUCUCAACCUGAUGCAGUACAUUUGCCGCGAGUACAAGAAAGGCAACCAACGCAUCGUCCGGCUAGUCACCGAGACGCGGAUCCACCUUUUCCCCUCCAUGAACCCGGACGGAUACGAAGUGGCUUACAAGAAGGGCUCCGAACUGGCCGGUUGGGGUGAGGGACGGUACAGCUAUGAAGGGAUAGACCUGAACCACAACUUCCCAGAUCUGAACCACAUCAUGUGGGACGCCCAGGAGGCGGCUGAGGACCCGUCCAAAGUGCCCAACCACUACAUCCCCAUCCCGGAAUACUACACCAAAGAGGACGCCCUGGUGGCUCCAGAGACGCGUGCCGUCAUCAGCUGGAUGCAGGACAUACCCUUUGUGCUGAGUGCCAAUCUGCACGGGGGCGAGCUGGUGGUGACCUACCCCUACGACGGGACCUUCGGUUGGGCGCCGCAAGCCGACACGCCCACCACCGACAACGCUUUCUUCCGCUGGCUGGCCACCGUCUACGCCUCCACCAACCGGGCCAUGGCCAACCCCGAGCGCCGCCUCUGCCACAACGAGGACUUCCAGAAGUACAACAACAUCAUCAACGGCGGCGCCUGGCACAACGUCCCUGGAAGUAUGAACGAUUUCAGUUACAUGCACACCAACUGCUUCGAGGUGACGGUGGAACUGUCCUGCGACAAGUUCCCCCACGCCAGCGAGCUUCCGGUGGAGUGGGAGAACAACAAGGAGUCCCUGAUCCUCUACAUGGAGCAGAUCCACAGAGGCCUUAAAGGGGUGGUGAGGGACAAGGAGAGCAAAAAAGGAAUAGCAGACGCCGUAAUCAAGGUCGAGGACCACGAACAUAACAUCAGAUCAGCCGCCGACGGGGACUACUGGCGCCUCCUGAACCCGGGCGAGUACAAGGUGGUGGUCUGGGCCGAGGGUUACUUCCCGGCCGUGCGUCACUGCCACGUGGGAAUGGAGCCCCGGGCCACCGUCUGCGACUUCAGCCUGACCCAGACGCCCAUCCAGAGGCUGAAGGAGAUCCGGGCCAAGGGGGGCAAGAUCCCGCAGGACCUGCAGCUGCGCCUGCGGGCGCUGAGGUCACGGAAACUCCGCGCCAGCACCAAGGCCAUCAACCGCCGCCGGGAGAGGCAGCGGGAGCAGGGGAGGAAAACCCGGGCGGCUGGGGACGGCAGAUUAUGAAGGGGGACUGGACCGGGAUUAUGGUCGGGUUACAGGAAGUGAGACCUCAUCUGAUUGGCGUCACGUCACCUCAUUAAAAACUUUAUACGCACUCACCUGUGGACCCUCAGGAGAGCCAAGACACAGGCUCGAAAUCCGAGGUACUCCAACACAUCGUGCAUUUAAUUACAGACUAUUAGGAAGCACAAGUUUUGAAAACAGUUUUUGAUCUAAAAGUCAUUAAAUUGCGUUAUUUUGCCAGUUAAAA